AUGACCAAGUUUCGUCUUUGUUUAAUGGGGGAUUUAGAGGUCGAUGACUUUGAAGAUAUAUGGAAUGAUGCAGUUGAAGAAUUUGGGUUGCAACAAAAUUCAUGGGUCAAGGAUAUGUAUGAAAAGAAACAUAUGUGGUCAAAUGCCCACAUUAGGGGUAAGUUCUUUGCCGGGCUCAAGACAACAUCAAGGUGUGAGGCGCUAAAUAUGCAGAUAGGGAAGUUUAUACACAAUGGCUACAACUUGAGGGAAUUUAUUGAGCAUUUCCAACAGUAUUUAGAGUUCAUGCGUAGGAGAUUAGUGGUUGCUGAUUACAAAUCUGCUUAUGGAGAACCAGUUGUGAAAACAAGAUUGGAGGAGUUAGAGCGGUUUGCAGCAGCAGUAUACACACGAGAGGUUUUUGUCUUAUUUCGGGAGGUGUUAUUACUAGCUAGCAAUGUCAGAGUAGUUUCUUCGAAGAAGACAAGCACGUGUACAUUGUUUGAGGUGGCCAUGUAUUGCCAAGGUAGAUCAUGGAACGUUUCGUGGGGGGAGAUAGAUGAUGAAUUCAGAUGCUCUUGCCUGCGCAUGGAAUCUUUUGGAAUCCCCUGUGUCCACAUAGUUGGUGUGCUUGUUAGACUUAACAUGGUUGUUAUUCCAG